AUGAUCAAGCUUCGGAAGGUCAGCCCUAGCGACUGGGAGCUCUGGAAAGAGCAGAGACUAGCCGCACUUAAGGAAGCACCAUAUGCGUUCCACUCAAAACUCGCGGAAUGGGAGAAUGUGCCAGACGAACGGUGGCGUGCCCGGCUCAGUAUCCCUGACGCUUGCCAAUUCCUUGCUUUUCUCGACGGUAAAGCUGUCGGCAUGGUAGGGGGCCUUCCAACUGAGGAUCCAGAGCUUGUGGAACUCGUAUCUUUGUGGGUAGCUCCCGCAGCACGAGGCCAUCGAGUCGGAGAUAUACUGAUAGCUGCUGUGGAAGAAUGGGCCCGAGGUAUUGGCGCCGCUCGACUCAGGCUAGAAGUGGCAAUACAAAAUAGGCCAGCCCACAGCCUUUACGUGCGUAAUGGGUUUGUUGAUGUGGAACGUGAACAUGAUGAGUCGGGACUAGGCGGUGGGAGCUUUGACCAGGUUAUGUUGAAGCAAUUGCAGUAA